AUGUCUAAUAGGAAUUUCAUUUCGAAGAAGCAUCAGUGUCUGGUUUUCUUAACGCUCUGUUCUUCGAUCAAACAUGUUUCUCAAAUCCAAGCGCAAAUUGUCAUCUCUAAUCUCCACCAAGAUUCUUUCCUUCUCACUGAACUCGUUAGAUUCUCUUCACUAUCUCCAUUCAAAAACCUCAGCUACGCGCAUUCUCUUCUCAUGAACUCACUCAAUUCAACUCCGUCUACAUGGAAUAUGCUAAUCCGAGGCUACUCUUCCAGUAAUUCUCCCCAAAACGCAAUCUGGGUACUUAAAGAAAUGCGCAAACGAGGACUUAAACGCAAUAAGCUUACCUACCCGUUUGUUUUAAAAGCGUGCUCGGAGGCUGAAGCGCUAGAGGAAGGGAGACAGGUUCAUGGGGAGAUUGUAAAGCAUGGUUUAGAUGAUGAUGUUUAUGUUGAUAACAAUUUGGUGCACUUUUAUGGGUGUUGUAAGAAGAUAAUGGAUGCAAAGAAAGUGUUCGAUGAAAUGUGUGAAAGAACCGUGGUUUCGUGGAAUGUGGUGAUAACCACUUGCGUUGAGAAUUUCUGCAUUGAGGAUGCGCUUGGGUAUUUUGUUAAGAUGAGGGAUUGUGGCUUUGAUACCGAUGAAACCACGAUGGUGAUCAUGCUUUCAACAUGUGCAGAGCUAGGGUUCUUAAGCUUUGGGAGGUUGUUUCAUAUGCAAGUUAUUCAAAGAGGUUUGGUUUUGAAUUUUCAGUUGGGGACUGCACUUGUUGAUAUGUAUGCAAAGAGUGGAGAUGUUCUAUAUGCUAGCCGAGUUUUCGAGAGAAUGAAGGAGAAAAAUGUGUGGACUUGGAGUGCAAUGAUAUUGGGAUUUGCUCAACAUGGUUACGCUAAGGAAGCCCUUCAACUUUUUAAGGAGAUGAAGAAAAGUUCUUGUAUAAGACCGAAUUAUGUCACUUUCCUUGGAGUCCUUUGUGCUUGUAGCCAUGUCGGGUUGGUCGAUGACGGGUUCCGAUAUUUUCACGAAAUGGAGUAUGUUCACGGGAUCAAACCUAUGAUGGUUCAUUACGGUGCCAUGGUUGACAUCUUGGGUCGUGCUGGUCAUUUGAAAGAAGCUUACACUUUCACAAACAACAUGCCUAUCGAGCCAGACCCGGUUUUAUGGAGGACAUUGCUAAGUGCAUGCAGCGUUCAUAAUGUUAAUGGCAGUGACGAAGUUGGUGAUGAGGUGAGAAAAAGGUUGCUGGAGUUGGAGCCAAGGAGGAGUGGGAAUCUGGUAAUGGUGGCUAACAUGUAUGCAGAAUCCGGAAUGUGGGAUCGAGCAGCAAAUGUCCGAAGGUUUAUGAGAGAUGGAGGGUUGAAAAAGAUGGCUGGCGAGAGCUGUCUCGAGUUGAAUGGUUCGAUUUAUCGGUUUUUUUCAGGGUAUGAUUCUCAAUUUCAUUGCAAUGAUAUAUAUCCAUUGCUACAUACUCUGAUCUUACACAUGAAAAUGAUUAGCCUUUCGUAGUUGAAUUACUUGGUAUGUUAGCUUUUUUCGCUCAAGAACAUAGAAAAUAUUCAUUGUACAACAUGCAAUUUUGUACUGUAUUUCUUUGCCCCAAUUUUUUCUUGCUUUCAAUGCGUCUGGAAGUAGGUAGGUUCAGUUAUUCCUAUUUUUUUUUCUUAAAAUCCUUAAAAUGUGAUUAUAUAU